CAUGGCUGCUCCUCUUACGCAGCUGACGGCAACAGCGAGCGAGUAUGGCUCAGAUGUUGAGGUUCAGUCCAUUAUAUCGCUGAGCGACUAUGGCUCGGACAUUGACGAGGACACGAUAUUUGCAGAGGUGCUAGAUACGACCAAAGAGCAAGCGACGGCACAAAGGAGCGCAAUAUUACCGAGUAUUGAGUUUGAAGAGGGAGAGCUUGAGGACGAGGAGCAGGAUGUGGACGGUGUCGUGCGGAUCCAUCGGCCCACGGUGUUGCAUGUGGCAACGGGAAAGCGUAAACGCAUGGAUGCAAAAGGAUAUAUUCAAAGCUCGCCUAUGCGAGAGCGGGAAGCGCUGGAAGUCGAGUACCACGAGAGGUCGCGGCGGGCGUGGAGUGUUCCCCUCGAAGAGCCGCCUCCGCCACGAGCAUCCUCGUUUCCUACAGCAUCUAAACUCUCGAGCUUAAAAUCCGAUACCACCACAGCGCAAGUUAGUCGCCCUCCCCCUACAACACAAGCCGUAGACUUUGCGGACAAUGACACCUGUUCACCCCUUGAACGUUUCCGCACGAUGCCCAAGAAACCACUCUCAGUCACCGACCUUGUAUCGCCAGCAUGGUGCGAGCUACAGUAUCUCUACACACUCAGCAGGUUUGGCCGCAAACCUCGGACUCAAGCCAUGCGCACUGGUUCAAAGCUACAUAAAUUAUUGGAAGAUGAGGUGCAUACGACAGUGCCAGUGCAAGUAGAAAGUAAGGAAGAUAGAUUUGGACUCCGCAUCUGGAAUGCUAUAUCAGGGUUGCGAUGUCUACGUGAGACUGGAUUGACACGAGAGCUAGAGGUCUGGGGCGUGGUUGAAGGACAGGUUGUCAACGGUGUUAUCGAUGAAAUAUCCUACCAGUGCCCUGACACUGCUUUCGAGGAGCAAAUGGAGACAUCCAAAGCUGGCCAGGCCGGCGGCAUCGUACCUCUACCACCGGGCCAAGCUAGUAUCUUGGAGGCCUUUGCCAAAGUCACGAACCCCCAGGCAGGCGAAUGUGCCUGGAUAGGUAGCUUUGAGCCUGACCGUCAAGUCUACAUCACCGACGUGAAGACUCGCUCGGUUCACUCGGUCCCUGCUGGCGCUUCGUUACGCCCGACUUGGAUGCAGCUCAUGCUCUACCGCAAGCUGCUCGAGACACUUUCUCUUAAUACCGUAGACGCAGAGACCAUCUUUGUGCGUUACGAACUUAGGCCCCUUGACCCUUUCACAGAAUUGUUUAUACAAGAGGUCGGCAGUAUCGGUCCUGAUAACGAAGCCGCCAACUACCCGAAUCUCCUCUCGCUAUGGUCCCUUUUCAUCACCGAGCUGCAAGGCACUAUACGACCGACAACCAUUUCGCCCAUCCUUCGCGCGGAGUUUCGGUACGCGAAGACUGGUGCUGUGAUUGGGUCGAAGCUUGUGGUGUAUGAGCCUGAACUCAUCGACAAGUACGUUGCGGAAGAGAUGGCGUGGUGGAAAGGUAGCCGAGAAGCGAAAGGUGUUGACAUCGAAGAGGCCUUCAAAUGUAGGAUAUGUGACUUCGCGGAAGUAUGUAGUUGGAGGAAAACGAAAAUCGAGGAGGCUACUGAGAAAAGCCGGCUUAGGAGACAGGCAAGGGAGAGGAGCACAGUAUGA